AUGGGGGUGGGCGAGGACGCCCGUCCCACGCGAGAGCCAACACUGAGUGGCGCCUUAGUGUCCAUCUUCACUGUCCUCGUGGCACUUUACCUCUUCUUCGCAGAGUUUAUGGUGCUGGUCCAGCGCCGCUGGGAAAGUGAGAUGGUCAUAGAAGAAAGCAAGACGGAGGAGAAGCUGCAGAUCAAUUUGGACAUCACCAUGUCCUCGAUGCCCUGCGAGCUGCUCUCCUUCGAUGCGCAGGACGUGAUGGGAAGCCAUGAGGUUGACGCCCAUGGCAACCUGUUCAAGGACCGCCUCACAUCCAAAGGCGAUCUGAUCGGUACGCAGGAGAUUAAGUCCAGUCACUUCGGUGCUUCGUCCACACUCUCGCGGCACUACAGUCUAGGCUACGGCAACCAGGAUGUUGAUGCUCUUCGAAAGAGCAUUAACAGUGGUGAGGGCUGCCGGAUCCGAGGCUUCGUCAAAGUCAACAAAGUUCCCGGGAACCUCCACCUCUCUACCUACAGCCACUCCUUCCUCUUCGGAUCCCUAUACCAGGAAACCAAAAACCUCAACAUCUCCCACAAGGUAAAUCACAUCUCCUUCGGCGUGGACACCGAUAUCACAUAUGUCAAGAGCAACUUCCAGGGUACGGGCAUCGUAAGUCCGCUCGAUGGCGUCGUGCAGAUCCACGAGAAGAGCGAGCCUAAGGAGAAGGCCGAUUCCAAAUUCGGAACCUGGUCCUAUGGAGGGUUCGUGGACUCUGCCAUCUACGAGUAUUACACGAAAGUGGUUCCCACCACCUAUGUGCCGCUGGAUGGCUCUCCUGUUCAUGUUUACCAGUUUACUGCUAAUUCCAACAAAAUAGUCAACCAGCAGAUGCCGUCGCUGUACCUCCGGUAUGACUUUUCGCCGGUGACGGUGCGCUAUACCGAGACAAAGGAGACCUUGUCCCACUUCGUCGUGCAGAUCUGCGCAGUGGUGGGUGGAAUCUUCACAGUUGCUGGGCUGUUGGAUUCGGUGCUUCACAAAAGUAUCGUUCACCUGGCCAAGAAGGCACAGAUCGGCAAGCUUGGUUGA